UGUAAUGGAUGGACGAAGACACUUCCCACUUGUUGAUUUUGAGUCAUUUCACUCUGAAAUCAAGUUUUAAUUUAUAAUAUUUGUCAAGCUGAUGUGUAAUAUUGAAAGGCCAACAACAUCAACAUGUCAAGGAUAAGAGAGAAUCCAGACAAACUCUUUGAAGUAUUUUUUGAAAUCGGAAAGCCUACAGAGGAUGCAGCACCCUUCAUCUUACAAAAAUACCCUCUGGACUUCAACGAUGAGGAAGUGAUAAAAUCUGUUCCUAAAUUUGCAUUUCCAUGCAAUACAGAAAGGUAUACGACGACGGUCGACCACUUCUCGUUCGUAUUGACAGACUUGGAUAGCAAGUUUAAGUUCGGCUAUUGUCGACAUGCGACAGGGGCUCAGACAUGUCUUUGUAUUGUAAGUUUUCUCCCAUGGUUCGAAGUAUUUUACAACUUCCUGAACACACUAGCCGAGAUUACGAACCGGACAGAUGAUAAUGAUUUGACUCCCAUGUUACGCAACGCCUACGUGCAGGAAGUGCCCACGCCAGGACUUCCUGUUACCAUAGUAGCUGGACAAGAGAUGCUAAGUUUCAAGGCUCCGGACGCGAACAAAUUACCCAGCAUUCCUGCCAGCAGAAAUCUGCUGGAGUAUUACAAUGCCAUAGACACAGAGAAGAUGAUGAUGAUCUUUGCUAGCAUGUUACAUGAAAGACGUAUUAUAGUUACAUCAAAGAAACUGAGUCGACUGACAGCCGUGAUCCAUGCUGCGGGAUGUUUGCUCUACCCCAUGUACUGGCAACACCUCUACAUACCUGUACUUCCGGAGUUUCUCAUAGAUUAUCUCACAGCUCCGAUGCCAUUUGUGAUAGGUGUCCACAGUACUUUGAUGGAGAGAGCUCUCAAGAUGGAACUAGGAGAUGCCGUGAUUGUGGACGCUGACAAGAAUGAGAUCACCACAGAAUAUAACGAUAUUGAAAAUCUUCCUGAUGAAAUGGCAUCCUACCUUAAACGUCACUUGAAGGGUGAGAAAGUGAAGGCCUCCAUGCUGGGAUCAGGGGACGCCAUCUCUAAAACAUUCAUGAUGUCCCUCGUCAAACUCAUAGGUGGAUACAGAGAUGCCUUGAAGUUUACUGAAGGGGAUCCAAUCACGUUUAACCCAGAAGCAUUUGUCCAGUCCCGCCCUGCUUCCAUGCAGCCAUUCCUGGAAAACAUGCUCUGUCUGCAGAUCUUCCAACAGUUUAUCAAUGAACGCCUGGACAUGUUGAAUAUUGGUCGAGGAUUUGCUGACAUAUUUGAGCAAGAAUGUCUCGUUCACGCUGACAAACUCAAUGCUCAAACAAGAUACAAUGAAUGGCUCGGAAAAAUGAAGAAACAAGGGAAGAAACUCCAGAGAGGUGGCAAGUACGCUUGGUCUGAUUUCAAAGUAAAGGCUAGACCGGCUAUGAUGGAAGCAAGGGGCUUUAUGGAUACAGUUUCACAUCGGGCCAUACCUGCUAUGAAAGAAAUGCAAUCAAAGUGGGGAAAUUGGUCUCACAGGGCAGGUCCUGCUAUGUCCAGUGCUGUUGAGUCAGUGAAGACGCAAGGCAAGAAAGCCUAUUCCAAGGCCAAAACAAAGAUUAGUGACCUCACAAAGGAAGAUGAUGGUUCCCCCAAAUCAGGCACUCCAAAGUCAUCAAAAUCUGUUCGGCAUGGACCCCAAACUAGGUCUUUCUCUAAAGAAAAGCCUUUGGGGCUACCGAAAAGCUUAUCAAAAGAUAGGCCUUCAACUAUUAUUGGUUCUCCCAUAAAAUCUGCGAGACCUCCCAGGCCCCUCCCAUCUAGACCCCUAUCGCCUUCUGGGUCAGGCUCACCACCUGAAAUACGAUCCACAUUUGUAUCACACAUCAAUAAAACCCAAAGGCAAGCAAGCGCGGAUGACAACGAUGUGAUGGUUUACAACAGAGUGAGCUGUAACCUUAUGGGUGACCCAGACAUCCAGAACAUGUUUAAGUCUGCCAGCGCUGAGAAUCUACCCAAGAAAGAUAUAUAUUUACAGAGUGGCGAAAGUAGCGACACCUUGACCUCUUCUUCAUCUGUAGAAGGAGAUUUACUUCACCAUAACAUUCCAUCAGCUGAUAGAAAUAUAGACCAUAGUCCCACGCCCAAGGGCGAUAACUCCAUAUACACCCACCUGAUAGAGGACGAUGACAGUGGUAUUGUCAUGAGAACGGGUUCACAGUCUUCCCUAGAGCAGAUGAAGUUGGACGCUAAGUUUGAGACCAAGUUUGAGUCAAACUAUACAGCACAUGGUAAAGGCUCUUCAGGAAGCUUGCAUGAUAGUAAGGAAGACCAGAAGCCACCAAUUGCACCUCCAAGACCACAUCAUGUGAGAAAGAGUGUAAGCCCUAAUGUAACCAACAGCCCUGCUAUGGGGGACAGACUUAUACGGCCCGGUAUGGCAAGAGAAAGACCAAAGCCAGCACCAAGAAGGUUGUCAAUGGAGAACCAAGGCUUGCCGACACCACAGCCUAGAAAAGAUGUACCUGCUUCUCCUAUUGCUGGUGGUGAUGCUUUGAUUGACUUUAAUGUUGGUUCUAGCGGUGGAGGUUAUGAUAUAGCUACUGAGUUCAGUAAUGUAGAUGCAGCCGGUGAUUAUGUUUUGCUGAAAGAGCCAACUCAAGUUGCAAAAGAUCAUGUUGAUGGUGUUCAGAGAGAUCCAAGACGGGGAAGUAUAUCUCGUACCCCUGCUGUGAAAUAUGGGCAAAACAACACUCCAAAAAGGCCUAGUAUUAGAAGAGGCCAGUCUCCAAUUUCACCAGGUGAUCCAAACCAGUCUUCUUCAUUGUUGGACUUUGAUCCACUUUUGGACUCAUUCAGUGAAACAAAGAAACAAGAAAUUCCAAGAAACCAGUCAGGUGGUUCUAUAAAUAGUAACAUUCCUAAUGAAAGUGAGGAUUCCUUGCUAAAAGUCUGGGAUAUAGGACAUCUAACAAAUUUAUCAACAAAUACUCCAAACAAACCUAGUACCCAGUCUACCUUUGUAUAUGGGCAUCAGCCCACCCCUUCCCCAAGAAAUCAACCCAUUUCACGCUUUUAUUCACCUCAAGCACAACCCAUGACUAAUAGACAGACAGUUCAUUAUCCAAUCGGAUUCCAGAACACCAAUUCAAAUUUAAACAGAGAACCUACUCCUCAAAUUCCAUCAAAAACAGCAAAUCGGAACAGUUACGUUGGGUUGAGUAGCCAAUCAGCUUCAGCAGGAAGUUUAGGUAACCAGUCUAAAGAUCCAUUUGCUGAUUUACUUAGUUUAAACCAGUCGGAAACAGGAACAAGCAUAUCACAGCAAGAGAAACCUCAGAAGGCCUCUGCGUGGGAAACGUUUAAAUAGUUAUUCUCAAUUAUGUAAAAUGUAAAUGCUUAAUGUUUGGAACAAAACUGCCUCGUAUAAUUGUAAAAAGUAUGUUUUAAAUGCAACAACAAUGCAUCAGUAAGAAUUAAUAAUAGUUUAAUGAGUUUGAAUUGUCUUGUAUAUUUUUAUAGCAAUUGUUAAUAGGCUAAAAAUUUCCUUCUCUGAUUGCUUUAUGUAUGCCAGAUUGUGCAAGCCUUUUGUAUUAUUAUCAUUAUUAAAAACAAUUGUAUCAUGAUUUCAUACUUAAUUUUCUGUUUUUUUCUUUAAAAAACAACAACAUUUGUGAUAGGUAGGUUGACAUUGUGCAAUAUAUGUUUAUUUUCUGUCCAUAAUAACAUGUAAUUGUUAAUAUCACUGGUUUUCCAAAUUAGGAUAGUUGUUUCUCUUAUUGUUUAACAAAAUGAAACAUGCAUAAUAUUGAUAUUUAAUUGUUAGGUUUACUUGUUCAAAUGUAUUCUUGAAGAAUUUAAGCAGAGAAAAGUUUCAUCCUGAAAAGAUACAAGAAAUAAAAAUUUCAGUAUAAUUUAAAGGUAUUUUCUCACAUUUUAAAGGGAAAGACAGUAAUAUUUGUAAAUAUUUAAACACAUUUUAUAAACAACAAAAAUAGUGUCUCGACCAUGAAGUCUGCUAGAGAGUGUUUUUACAUGGUAUUAGCAUUUAAAAUGGCAAACUCCUUUAUUACGUUAUUAUUCAACUGCUCAGCAUUAUUAAUUGUUAAUGUAAGCUUGAUAGUGUGCUGAUAUUAUUAGUGUAAGCUAUGCUGUUUGUAUAUUCACUAAGUUGAAAUGGUCUUUGGAACCUUUUUUGUACAAAAUUCUCAUAGCAUUCCUUGUUACAUCUCACUUAGUCUUGUGUAAACAAAUUAGUCUUAUGCCUUCUUGUCAUGAUAUUUGAACAAUUUUGAUUGCAUAUUUGAAACUGUUAUACAUGUUUAAGUGUGUAAGACUUUGGCUCUCAUGCUUGUGUUGUUUCUUAGCAAAAUUUUACUCAAUAGAGUGGCAUUAGUGUUUGUAUGAAUUUGCACAAUUUUAGAGGAAUCCCCAAGUAUAUAAAUAGUGUUAAAGGUACUGGACACCACAUGGUCCCACAAUUAGUACAUACAGUAUUUCUAUAAAUCAAUGCUAUUUUUAAACUUACUUGAAUUUACUUGGUGGACAACCACAGCACUGCGAAAGAUGCAUGAGUCAAAUUCAAUGCGUUGUACACAAUGAUAUCAAUUAUAUACUAGUUUUUGACAAUUUUCUUUUUUUCUUGCAAAUGUAUCAUCUGGUGUCUAGUCCCUUUAAUGCCAAAAGGUAUCAAACCUUUUAUGUAAAAGUCCCUUGAUACCUUCAAGCCCUCAAAUCAUCAUGUGAGAGUGUAUGUUUUCCUCCCUGGCUAAAAAUGUUUAAUUGUGAUUUUUGCAUUUUUCUUAUGAUAACUGUUAGUUAUAGAUGCAAUUUCAAGAUCAAAGCACAAAUAGAUAGUGUCAGUCAAUUAGAAUAGAAUGUACAUGUGUUUGAGGUUGAUUUUCUUUUUAAUUAAAAAAUCAGUUGAUCUGAUUAAUGUUGCAUAUAUUUUUAACAAUUUAUUAUUAUCAUUGCUAUUAAGAGUUAAAGCAUUUAAGUUUGUGUAGAUUAUUCAAUUAAUGCACAGGUGCUAUAGAUGUUGUAUUUCCAAGUAAGAAAAACACCUGCACAAAUUUCUUAACAAUGUUUUUGAUUUUCAUUGCUUUCACCUUUGGAUGUUUAUGGGAGUUUUUUCGAAGAACUCAUUUUUGGAAAUUUUAGCUCAUUUUUAGGGAAUAUUUAUAUUAUUCCAAACUUUCUUAAACCUAGAAUAUUGUCAAUAACCUGAUAAGAAAUUGUCAAUGAGCCAAGCAGCAGUCAAUUUAUAUAACUUAAAUACCGGUAAGAUGUUCACAGAUUAUCCUAUGGCUAGUUGUUCAUUUAAAUUAUUUAAUCGGUUAGUAAUCAUUGUUGGGAUAAUGAUUGACCAAUCAAUAAACCAUUUGGGAUGACUGACAAACCAAACCUUUAACCAGCUUUAUACCAUUGGCUGCAACCAGCCUGCAUUACUAUGAAUAUCACUUCAUGUUUUGCUAUCACACUCAUUUAUAGUUGUAGAGCCCAAAAUGAUGGAUCACUGAAGUGAAUUAUAUCAUAUAUUGAAACAUUUGUGGAUAAUUUGGGAAAAUAUGGGGGUUUAAACACAAAAAGUGAGUGUGUUAAAAUGCCUAAUAGUUUUAAUUAAAAGUCAAAUUGUUUUCUCAAUAUAUUUCUUUAGUUUUUCUAACUAGGACACUGGCUGCAAACCCUUGGCCAGUACAUUCAUGUUUACGCAUUCAAUUAAUACAAGUGUUUUCCUUUAUUUAUAAUUAUCCACAUUUUUUGUGUAUUUACAUGAUUGCAAGCAAACAACGUCUCAUUGUAUUUGAACUCUUAAUUUUACUGUUGUUUUCUAGAAAAAAAAAAAAAUUCUAUGAAUUAAUCAAAGUUUCUUUGUUAAUGGACCAAAUCGUUGUUUAAAGGGAAAUUUGUUUUAUGUGUUUUAAAUUUGUUAUUGAUUCAGAUUGUAUGCUUAAUUCAUUGUUCAACUGCCAUAAUAAAAGAAAUAAGUUAUAUUA